UUUGUGUCGCAAGUCGAUUCACGAGCUGCUCUGCUGUCAGAAUGAAGGAAGCCUCUUGGCUCCAGACUGUCUGAGGAACCCAAGUCCAAGUCUGUUACGCUGGUUGAACAAUGUUGACGCUCUGGUAUCUCCUGCUGAGUCUUUCUUCUCUGGCUCCCAUGAAUCAUCUUUAAAUCUUGUUUGCGGAGAUUGCAACAACACAAAACAUCAUGGCAGCAGUAGACCUCGGCUCCAUUAUUCAAGCAAAAUUGAAUGGCGGUGAACGCAUCGUGAUCACGAGAGAGGCAAGUCUUAUGCAAGAUUGGGUUCGGAGAUCAAGGAUCCUCUCUCUCAUCGAGAAAGACUCAAACUUUGCCCUGUUCAUUUUUUCUUGUUCACAGUCUCCUCCUCAAACGUUUACUGAUCUCUCUAUUGAAAGGUUCUUGCCAAUCGAUUCUGAAUUUCGUUGUGAUAUAGAUUCUGGUGUUAAACAAAGUGAUGGAACAGAGGUUUACUUCAACAUCUCCUCUAAAAAAACUAAACUUCUAUUUGAAAUGAAGAAGGAUCUGAAAACUAACUCAUUUAUCUCUGAGCUGGUGAAAGCUGUCGAUGCCUCUACAAAAAGGAGAAUGCAGCAACAAGACUUUUUGUGGUUGAACAAGUAUCAAAAAAAAUCCGGAAGUUCUCAGGAUGUCAGCAGCCAUGACUAUGAAGCCAAUCAUGCUGGGGACUCGCUACAGCUUGAUAGCCCAGAUAUUGUUGUACCAAGACACAGUAUUGCUCAAGGUGCUACGCCUAUUGCUGCACGAGAAACUGUCAUCAGAUAUCAAAUGUCAAUGCGAGAAGAUGACUAUACUUAUACAGAAGUUAUACGAGUGUUCGUGGGAACUUGGAAUGUUAAUGGGCAGUCACCUACAUGCAAGCUAAACCAGUGGCUUUCAGUUGAACCAGAACCUCCAGAUAUAUAUGCCGUGGGUUUCCAGGAAUUAGAUCUCAGCAAGGAAGCUUUUUUAUUCAAUGAUACUCCUCGUGAAGAAGAAUGGCAGAAUGCUGUCAUCGCUGCUUUGCAUCCCAUGGGGCGAUAUCGAAAGGUUGCCCUAGUAAGAUUGGUUGGCAUGAUGUUGCUUGUUUUCGCACAGGAACAGCAUGCUCCCCACAUUCGAGAUGUUGCCACGGAAACGGUCGGCACUGGAAUCAUGGGGAAGCUGGGUAAUAAAGGAGGCGUUGCUGUCAGGUUUGAUCUGCAUAGCUCAUCAUUGUGUUUUGUCAAUUCUCACUUAGCCGCUCAUGUCGAAGAAUUUGAGAGACGUAACCAAGACUAUCAUGAUAUCUGCUCGAGGAUAAGUUUUUCAAAAUUUCUACCACCAAAAAGCAUCAAAGAUCAUGAUCAGAUUUAUUGGUUGGGUGACUUGAACUACCGUAUCACUGAUAUGGAUGUCAAUUUAGUGAAAAGUUACAUAGAGAAAGAAAACUACAAAGCAAUAAUAGAAUACGAUCAAUUAAAGCAACAACACAAAAAGGGAAAUGUUUUCGUCAAUUACAAAGAAGGAGAAAUCAACUUUCGUCCCACAUAUAAGUACGACACUGGAACAGAUGAUUGGGACAGCAGUGAGAAGAAUCGAGCUCCCGCAUGGUGUGAUCGAGUUUUGUGGAAAGGUGAUGCCAUUCAUCAGUUGAGUUACCAGAGUCAUCCUUCCUUGAGAAUAAGCGAUCAUAAGCCAGUCAGCGCUGUUUUCAACUCUGAGAUUAGAUUUAUCGAUGCCCAAAAAUACCGAAAGAUUCACGAAGAAGUCAUGAAAAAGUUAGACAAACUAGAGAAUGAAUUCUUGCCGCAAGUAACUGUAGAACAAACUGAAAUUGUUUUCAAUUCAGUCAGAUUUAUGGAACCUCAAACAAAAGAGUUAAUCAUCGCCAACAACGGACAAGUGCCGGUACAAUUCGAAUUCAUCAAGAAACUAGACGAAGGCCAUUACUGCAAAGACUGGCUCAACAUUGAACCUUUCAUGGGUUUCAUCAUGACUGGGGAGAAAUGCGACAUCAAAUUAGAGAUCUACGUGGAUAAACAAUCUGCGUCAAAAUUGAAUGCUGGUCAAGACAAACUCUCGGAUAUUUUAGUUCUGCAUUUAAAAGGUGGGAAGGAUAUUUUCAUCACGGUGACAGGCUCUUAUGAACGUAGUUGUUUCGGCUCUUCCCUAGAAGCCCUGGCCAGGAUAUCUGUUCCUGUCAAAGAAAUCCCGGCUGAAAGGCUCAAAGAAUUGGAGAACAACAAAGACGCAUCCACGACAGAGCCUUUUCCGAUUCCGAAAGAGAUAUGGUUCCUGGUUGACCACCUUUACCGUCAUGGUUUGAAGCAGCAGCAUCUUUUCGAACAGCCCGGACUCCACUCAGAGUUACUGCAGAUUCGAGACUGGCUCGAUAACGGAUCUCCGGACCAAAUUCCGGGGAGCAUUCACUCUGUCGCAGAAGCGUUACUCUUGCUCCUAGAAUCUACAGCCGAACCUGUCAUUCCUUACAACCUCCAUGAUGUUUGUCUUAGUUCUUCUGUCAACUAUAUCCAGUGCAAACAGGUAAUAUCCCAGUUACCAGAACACAGUCGUAAUGUAUUUCUGUACCUGUGCACUUUCCUCCAAGAGCUUUUAUCUCACUCGCAUGAAAAUGGUCUUGAUGCCAAGACGAUCGCCACUUUGUUCGGAGGGGUCUUCAUUCGGGAUCCACCACGCAGUCGGUCGGAAGCCCUCACCAAGAGUCGCUCGAACCAGCAAGCAUUAGACCGGAAGAAGGCCAGUUUCGUCUACCACUUUCUAGUCAAUGAUCAGAGUGAAUUCAUUCUAGGUCAUACCUUGUAGCUCUAUUUCAACACAAAGCAGGCGUCUGUCUUCAGGUAAUGAAAUCGUCGCUUGCCUAACAAAAGGGCGCAAGUGUUUUUUGAGGUGAGCGCUGAAAGUAUUGAAGUUGUCAAGUGUAGUUAUGUCCCUAUGUCAGUAGGGUGACAAAAUUUUCAUAGAAGUUAUCUGAUCGAUUGAAUCGAAUAUGUUCUUCCAGCUAGCAUAUCGACGGUCGAAAGGCAAAAUCAUGCAUCUCCAUUACGGUGAUUUAAAAUUUACACUCCUACUUAAUUUUUCAAAGAGGAACAAGCCAACUUAAUAACUCGAAAUUUAUAUGAAAAAUCAAGGAAGUUUUCAAGAAAUUACGUUAACUAGUUUUCCAAGGUAAAAGUUAAGUAUUAUAGGAAGUCUGCAACGUCGCAAACGGAGAUACGUGAUUUCGCUUUUUGGCCAUCAAUAUGUGUGAUGCAUUUCUAGAUUGUCGUACCAAAAUCAAGUUAAUGAAGUAGAAAAUGUUAAGCUCACAUUAAUUCUUGUUUAUCUCGUGAUUCUCAUCAAUCACCUAGAAAGCCGUAAUAAUUCAGCUGUGCAGGGUCGAGGUUGAUUUGAGUACAUGACCUUAAGAGUUUCCUCAGGGGUGCAUAAAGUUCUUUGUCCUCACUUUCAUUAGAGGCAGCCUCUUCAUAGCUUUCCACAAAAGACUUUGGGCCUCACCACUUUCUUUGUAUUAAAGAGCGCAUUACACAGUUACUCUCUCUAAAAGUAACGCAGGUUGAAGUUUCCUUCUCAAAAAAUAACACGUUUAGUAGUUCUCCUUGGGAAAACAAGCGCAUUCUUAUGAAGGAAUAUUACAAAAACUAUGAAGUUAAAUUUUGCAUACCCUCUGUUCCACAUUUUUUUACCUUUUUUCAGGUGUCUUCUCUUUUCUUUCGCAACUGGCUGGUCAGCCAGUCGAGCUUUUUCUGCACCCCUGAGUUUCUAAUUAAAUUUUUUGUUUGUUUGUUUAUUUAUUUUUUUCCAUACUCUUGCCCAUUUGGACUUUCGAUUGUAGCCUCUCGACUCUUAAUGAUAGCAAUAGUGCUCUUCGAAUAAUUAAUUAUCAUUCACAGAAUGUUAGGGCAUCUGCAAAGUUUAUCUUAAAAAUUGUGUAUCGACCAUUUUUGGCUCAUCGACUAUGGUGCACUCGUCAUUUGUGCAGAUUGCAUUCGAAUCUGCAAUGAGCUUUGUGCUUGGGUAGUUUCAAUGCAAAUCCGCCAGCCGGCAAAACCAGCGUGGAAGAAAAAAUGUUAUAUUCCAAAGAGGAGUUAGAGGGAGAAUCAGUGAUUGCUGCUAAUUGUUGAGUUUUACUUUUAUUCUGUGAACAGUCCUUCACACUGUUAUUUAUUAUCGUAGAUCUAGUUUUUGUUCCAAUUACUUAUUUAUUUUAUUUUGUUACCGUACUUCACUCUGUGUAUGAUCUUUAUUUUGUGUAUAUAUCAUGCAUCAAGAAUUUAGCGUCCUGUUUCAAGACUCCAAAAAUGCUCAAAUUUCUCAUAUGUUUCGACAAAGAAUAUUGUAAAAACAUACAAAAUUAACUUUAAAAUUCUCUUUUUGAAUGAUUGUCAAGUUCUUUUGCAAAUGUUUGAACUCUGAACCUUCAAUUUUUCCGAUUUCGUCUUCCUAUUUUUUUUACCCCCAAGUUAAAAAGCAACCCAAUCAAAGUAAGUUUUUUUAAUGGGGGCAGACCUAUAAGGGAACAAGGGUUGUAUUUGCUUAGUUAUCGGGUGGAAAAUUGGAAGCACUUUAUAUUCAAAUUGCUGGAAAUGGGAAGGGGAGAGGUAUUUUUUCAAAAGUCUUGAGGUGACAGGCCCUCAAUACUGCCAAUGGUCAAAACAUUUCAUACAUUGAAAAAUACUUGUCCCUGAAAAAUCAUGGAUAGUUAAUUCUUACCUGAUUGUGUACGUAACAUUUUUCAUAUUUUUUUAACCAGAAUUUGUUGGCAUUCGCAGUUUUGGAAGAAAAUCUCCAAUCUUUUGUACAUCAAAAUAGAAAAAAACGAAAUCGGAGCUCUGAAUUGUUUUCGUAAUGAAAGAAGUUUUUUGGUGUAGAAAUUUUCAUGAGCCAACUGUUAGGGUUUUCAUCUAGAUACUUUUUGUUCUAGUUGUUAUAAUUAGUAAUAGGAUGUAAAUAAAAAUUAUUGUAAAUAUUUAUCGU